GGAAGUGCGAUUUGGCAACACUGUCCGUGUACGUUUCCACUCAUGGGGUUUUGCUUGUCUUGCUGCGAAAACAAUUCCAAGUCGUACGAAGAUGUUCGCUCGUCUUCCGAUGCGGCAUUACAUCGAGAACAAAUGGCAGCGGCGGCAGAGAGACGCAUUCGAGAACAGGAAAGUAGAGGUAUUAAAGAUGUUGAAAAGGUGAAACAAUUGCAACAGAGGCAUAAUGAAAGAGAAAAGAUGUUAGAUAAUAUGCCAGAAAGAGAUAAUCCACUCAGAUGGCAAGUUGGAUAGUUUCCAUUCAGUCCAUUUCUCUAAACUUUGAAGAAAAAAAAAUUAAGAUUAUAUUUCUGAUAUUUUAUAUUAAAUCUUAUUAAAUUUUUUAUAUUUGUAUGUAAUGUAUGUUACUCCAGAAAUUAUUUGAUUGGAUUUGAGAAUGUAAUAUAUUAAUAAAUUUGAAAAUAUUGAAUGUUAUCAAAUAUGAAUGUUAAAACUCUAUUUUUUUUUAUA